UUUCGACGAAAUUUGCCUUUGGGACUGCCUAUCUGGUGAUGCCCAAACACAAUUACGCGGUCUUACGUCUUUUCGCUCACACAACAGCUGUCUAAAUAUUGUAAACACUAAAUGUGUUACUCGGUUAUUGCCCGGUUGAGCUCUGCACCCGAGGCUUGGAUUCACUCAGCUGCCUCUUUCGUUAUACACCGGUCUUUUUUGUUGACGUGUUGGUGCCGCUCUGCGGUACCACGAGUUUUGCGUUGCAGAGCUUGUUCGGUCUGUUUUGUAGUGUACGGCGCUCAGUCACUCGCCGGAUUUCUUGUAAAUUUCACGUGUUUGGUCUGAUUUUGCGACAGUUUACCGGCUUUAGCUUUGCUGUUGUUGUUGUGUGUUUGUGUUUACUGAAUUCUCUCUAUUUGUGUUUUUAUUAUUGCGUGCGUUUGUGACUUUGACUUUGCUUUUGCUAGACGUUUUUCCUUUCUUUAGCAUGUGCAGUACUUUGCAGUUACCUUUGCAUGUGUGUACAUAUACACCGUGUAAUGAUAAUAAAAAACAUAUUUCGUCAAUUAGUUGGUGAUUCAUUUUUGCUGUGUCCACAUCUACGAGUAAAAUACCCCGAAAAUUGUAUUUUUAAAAUGCCGGGCAAAAGGGUAACGUUGGAAAUGGCCCAACAAUUGUAUUAUAAUUACAAAUUGGGCAAAAACAUCAAAGAGUUAUCGGAAAUGUUUUCUGUAUCGCAAAAAACAGUGUAUAAUGUGAUAAAUCGUGCGGAAAAUGAGGGCAGACUAGAAGCAAAGCGAGGAACCGGUCCUAAACCAAAAAUAAGUGAUACAACACAACGUUUAAUGGCUCGCAAACUGGAUCAAAAUCCAACAAUUUCGAUUAGGGCUCUUAUGCGGGAGCUUAACGAAGAGCGCAAUAUGCAUCUCUCUCAUGAAACUGUGCGCCAGGCAAUGCGAAGACACGAAUAUGCAUCAAAAUCUGCUAACGAACAAAUGCCUGCCGAAAAGUUAUCAAAUACGGACGCAGAGAAAACGCUGUCUUCUGAGCAAACAAAAGAGGUCAUUCAUAAUCAAAACAAACCCACACGCUAUGAACGCGAACGCGCCGAAUUGAAGAACAAACCGCGUAGGGUGCUCAAUUUGGAAGAGCGCGUACUGGCCAUACGUCUGUACCAUCAAAAGCCGGUGUACCAACGUGUGGCGUCCGUAUUCAAAUGCAGUUGGGAGCAAAUACGUAACGUUAUCGCCAAUCGUGACGAUAUAUUGCAGCAUUAUGGCGAAAGUCAGACCGUCACAUCCCAGGACACACCAGAAAUUGCGCGCAACAAGAAAAUCAACUUUCUCGGCAAUGUCACAUACGAAUUCAUACGACGCGCGCAGUAUCACCGCAGCGUGACGCUUAACGAUGUCGCUUUGCGACAGCGUGCGCUCAAGCUACGCGACAUCCUACAAAUCGAACAGUUUCAUCCGAAUAAAGAAUGGUUGGCCGAUUUCAAGAAGGCCUACAAUGUGGAGUGGGACAAUUUGGACGCGCUGAUUAUAUGCGGUGUGCCGCCACGUUCGUUGGACAAUAAGGACUUAAUCGAAUACUGUACGCGUAUGGUGGCGAAAGCUAAGUCGCUGAUAGAUAAAUUGCCCAAAUCACAGGCGAGAAAGGAGGGCUCUAAACGCUACGACGAAGACGAUUCUGAGGAUGAGUGGGCGGCCAGCAGUGGUGGUGAUGGUGGCGGUGAUGGUAGUGAGGUUAGUUUCGAUGACAAGGGAUCUGAUACGAUGUCCGUUCAGCUGGAUGAUGAUGUGCCUGUGGUGAAUGAAAUUGACGACUUUACCGGCAUGUAUUUAGACCCGGCUGAUAACGAUGAAGAGGAUUUCAAUGGAUUUGCAACAGCAGGCCCCACCGACAUUUACGGCACUGAAGAAACUGAGAAAUACGAUUUUACACAUACGACCGUAAGCAACGACGCUGCGUCACCAACACUAAUAACAACGGAACCAAUAUUGGUGUCAGAAGUGCAAAUUAAGGAGGAGCGACGCAGUCGCAGUCGUAGCAGAAGCCCGCCAUUACUGUCACCUUUGAACGUGACAAGUGGUAUAAGCACGAACGCCACGACGGUGGGUGGUGGUGGUGGUGUGAAACGUAAGCACUCGGAGACUACAACACCAAAACCAGUAGACGAUGUCGAGUCAAAUAAUAAGCGCUUCAAAAGUGAUACAGUGGUCACAUAUACGGAGGCUUUACACAAUUUGUGCACUUUAGAAGAAUAUGCGACACAAGAAGAAGAUUUCGAGGCAAUCAAUUUACUUAUGCAAUUGGCGCGGGUCUUAGAGAAGCGCUGCACUACACGAAGGCGGAUGUUUAGUGCAUAGAGCCUGAGAUUAUACAGUUGUGUAUGUAUGUAUGUAAGAACACGUACGGAGAAGAGAGUAUGUAAAUACAUAUGUAAGAUUGAAGUAAUAAUAGUUUAAUUUUGAAUAACAAUACAAAUUUAAUGCCCUUCAAUUAAUUUAAUUAAUAUAUGUACAUAUAAUAAGUACUAUAAGGUUAAGCGGUGUAGAAUAAAUUUUGUAAAGUAU